CCGCAAUGGCGACCUCUCAGCGGUUUCGUGUGUUGCGGUGCUCCUGCUGCCGCCUCUUCCAGGCGCACCAGGUGAAAAAGAGUCUCAAAUGGACAUGCAAAGCUUGUGGAGAGAAGCAGUCAUUUUUGCGGGCUUACGGUGAGGGCUCUGGUGCUGACUGUAGACACCAUGUCCAAAAAUUAAAUCUGCUGCAGGGACAGAUUUCAGAGAUGUCACUCAGGUCUCUGGAAGAAUCCAUAAAUGCCAAUGAGGAGGAAAGUGCACGUCCUCAGCAGGCUGUGCCUGCAAGCCUGCAGGAAAAACUCCAGCCCUCAAAGAACCGCUGGCUGAAGUAUCUGGAAAGGGACUCCAAAGAACUGCAGCUGGAAGAAGGAGCAGUGUGUUUCAACAGACAACCCUCAUCCAAGAGAGAGAAGCCAGACCCUCCCUUCAGUACAGGCCUGCCUAGAAAAAGGAAAUGGAGCCAGAGCACAGUCCAGCCUCCAUUCAGCCCUAAUGUCCAGGACUCCAGAAACUGUGAGGUCACCUUGAAGUCCCUGAAGGACCAUUCCCUUCAUUCUGCAUGGAGUACCGGGUUAGACUGUUCAGCUUGGGACCUGCCCUGGGUUUCUGAGGAACUGUCACCUUCAUUUAUCCAGGACCACACCGGCCUGACAGGGAAGGUCAAAGAAGGAAGCAGUCGUGAGGACUGGGACACCAGGGAGCUCGUCGUCCCUCGGGGGAAACCACCGUGUUCUGCCCAGCAGGUCAGGACCAUGUCUCCUAAGUGGGAACAACUUCUUCCGCCACUCAGAAACAGCUCACAUUUGGACACGGAGCCCCUGACCCCCCUGCAAAGAGGCCCCAGGCCAGCCCGGGCAGCAUGGACUGAGCAGGGGACCCCCAGGACCCAGACCCCAAGGGAAGGAGGCCUCUGCAGGACCCCUGGUGCACUCCAGCCUCCUCAGGCUACACACACUCCCAUGCCUGGGCCCAAGAGGCUCUGCGGAAAGGCCCCCGAGCAGUCAGAGGGCACGGGCCCUUGGGCAGAGGGUGGGCCCUUGGUCAAAGGGAUGCAGAAGACUUCUUCACUCGUGCGACUGUGUGACCUCUUUAAAACUGGAGAGGACUUUGAUGACGAUCUGUGAUUGAAACUAA